AUGCCCCAGGAGGCUGCGCUUGGCACCCUGGUGCUAUUGCUGCUGCCACUGCUGCUGCCGCUCCCCUGCGAUACUGGGGUGCUUGGGGACAAGUCGGAUGUUGCCUUGGACUACUGGGCUUUGGAAGGUGAGGAGGGUACGGAGCAACAGCUGCAUUAUCACGACCCCUGCAAAGCCGCUGCCUUCUGGGGAGACAUUGCCCUGGAGGAGGAGGAUCUGAAGUUAUUUCACAUCGACAAGACUGAAGACUGGACCAAGCCAUCCGUGGAGGAAAUGGGACACAGCACUGAUGGCAAGGAUGAUGCCACAUUUCUGCCUGGCCCUGGGACCUCAGAUACCACCACAGAUAAGACCUUCUCUGCCCGAGUCCGAAGAGCCACAACCUCAAGAACAGAACGGAUUUGGCCUGGAGGAGUCAUUCCUUAUGUCAUUGGAGGGAACUUUACUGGCAGCCAGAGGGCCAUUUUCAAACAGGCCAUGAGACACUGGGAGAAGCACACCUGUGUGACCUUCGUGGAGAGGACAGAUGAGGAGAGCUUCAUCGUGUUCAGUUACAGGACCUGUGGCUGUUGCUCCUACGUGGGACGCCGAGGAGGAGGCCCACAGGCCAUAUCCAUUGGGAAAAACUGUGACAAGUUUGGCAUUGUGGCUCAUGAGCUGGGCCAUGUGGUUGGGUUCUGGCAUGAACACACUCGGCCGGACCGAGACCAGCAUGUCACGAUCAUCAGAGAAAACAUCCAGCCAGGUCAGGAGUAUAAUUUCUUAAAAAUGGAGGCCGGCGAGGUGAGCUCUUUGGGAGAGACCUACGACUUCGACAGCAUCAUGCACUAUGCCCGGAACACCUUCUCAAGAGGAGUUUUCUUAGACACCAUCCUCCCCCGUCGAGACGACAAUGGCGUCAGGCCAACCAUUGGCCAACGAGUGCGGCUCAGUCAGGGAGAUAUAGCUCAAGCCAGGAAGCUGUACAAAUGCCCAGCAUGUGGGGAAACACUGCAGGACACAACCGGAAACUUUUCGGCACCUGGUUUCCCAAACGGCUACCCCUCCUAUUCCCACUGUGUCUGGAGGAUCUCUGUCACCCCUGGGGAAAAGGUCAUCCUAAAUUUUACAUCCAUGGAUUUGUUUAAGAGCCGGCUGUGCUGGUAUGAUUACGUGGAGGUCCGGGAUGGUUACUGGAGAAAGGCCCCCCUGUUGGGGAGGUUUUGUGGCGAUAAGGUGCCCGAGCCCCUCAUCUCCUCGGACAGCCGGCUGUGGGUGGAAUUCCGUAGCAGCAGCAGUAUCCUGGGCAAGGGCUUCUUUGCAGUAUAUGAAGCCGUGUGCGGGGGAGACAUCACCAAAGACUCUGGUCAGAUCCAAUCUCCCAACUACCCCGAUGACUACAGACCUUCCAAGGAAUGUGUGUGGAGGAUCACAGUGGAGGAGGGGUUCCACGUGGGACUUACCUUCCAGUCCUUUGAGAUCGAAAGGCAUGACAGCUGUGCCUAUGACUAUCUGGAAAUCCGUGAUGGACCCACAGAGGAGAGUGCCCUGAUUGGCCACUUCUGUGGCUAUGAGAAGCCAGAGGCUGUCAAAUCCAGUGCCAACCGACUGUGGCUGAAGUUUGUGUCCGACGGUUCCAUCAAUAAAGCAGGCUUCGCAGCCAGUUUCUUCAAGGAGGUGGAUGAGUGUUCUUGGCCAGACCAUGGUGGCUGUGAGCAACGCUGUGUCAACACACUUGGCAGUUACACAUGUGCCUGUGACCCUGGCUACGAGCUGGCUGCCGACAAGAAGACAUGUGAAGUGGCCUGUGGUGGAUUCAUUACCAAGCUAAAUGGCACCAUCACCAGCCCUGGGUGGCCAAAGGAGUAUCCCACAAACAAGAACUGUGUCUGGCAGGUGGUGGCCCCGACGCAGUACCGCAUCUCCCUGCAGUUUGAAGCAUUUGAGCUGGAAGGCAACGAUGUCUGUAAAUACGACUUCGUGGAGGUGCGCAGUGGCCUGUCUCCUGACGCCAAGCUUCAUGGCAAGUUCUGUGGCUCAGAGACCCCCGAGGUCAUCACAUCACAGAGCAACAGCAUGCGUGUGGAGUUCAAGUCUGACAACACGGUCUCCAAACGCGGCUUCAGGGCCCACUUCUUCUCAGACAAGGACGAGUGUGCCAAGGACAAUGGCGGCUGCCAGCAGGAGUGUGUCAACACAUUCGGGAGCUACCUGUGCCGGUGCGGGAAUGGGUACCGCCUUCACGAGAACGGGCAUGACUGCAAAGAGGCUGGCUGUGCAUACAAGAUCAGCAGUGCAGAGGGGACCCUGAUGAGCCCCAACUGGCCUGACAAGUACCCCAGCCGGAAGGAAUGUACCUGGAACAUUUCGUCAACCGCUGGCCACAGGGUGAAAAUUACAUUCAGUGAGUUUGAGAUUGAGCAACACCAGGAAUGCGCCUAUGACCACCUGGAACUGUACGAUGGCACGGACAGCCUGGCCCCCGUCCUCGGCCGCUUUUGUGGCAGCAAGAAGCCAGAUCCUGUGGUGGCUACGGGCAGCAGCCUGUUUCUCAGGUUUUACUCAGACGCCUCGGUGCAGAGAAAAGGCUUCCAGGCUAUGCACAGCACAGAGUGUGGGGGCAGGCUAAAGGCUGAAGUGCAAACCAAAGAGCUCUAUUCUCAUGCCCAGUUUGGGGACAACAACUACCCGAGCCAGGCCCGCUGUGACUGGGUGAUAGUGGCAGAGGAUGGCUAUGGCGUGGAGCUGGUAUUCCAGACCUUUGAGGUGGAGGAAGAGGCAGACUGUGGCUAUGACUACAUGGAGGCCUACGACGGUUACGACAGCUCGGCACCCAGGCUCGGCCGCUUCUGUGGCUCAGGGCCUUUAGAGGAAAUCUACUCUGCAGGGGAUUCGCUGAUGAUCCGAUUCUACACAGAUGACACCAUCAACAAAAAAGGCUUUCAUGCCCGAUACACCAGCACCAAGUUCCAGGAUGCCUUGCACAUGAGGAAAUAGUACCAAGGUUCUGGGAAGACAGAGACUAUAUUUUAAACACCUGUGAACAAGCAGCCCACAGUGUACAGUAUUUUUUUCAACAACAAAAACCCACACCACAUCCUUGAAACCAUAUAUCCGGGUGAAAGCACAUUCCUUCGGCCAACAGGAAGAAAAAGAAUCCCAUUGGUUCUAGCUGCAGUGUUAGCAAUUGCAGCCUCUAACGGAGGUUAAAAUUUGACACUAGUGACAAACAAGUGUGCUUCUUCACACUUUUUCUCCAGCCCUUUGCUCCUAUGGGGCAAAAGGCCAGCCUGGGCUACCCCUUCCUCCACUCUGGACAGGCUUCCAUAGGUGACCGGCAGCAUGAGCCUAUCCUGAUAACUUGGCUGCCUUCUUUUAUCAAGGAUAAAAUCUUAGCAGUGGCUGAGUUGUGACAGUGGGGCAGAAAGUUUUUACUUAGUUCUUCCAGAGUCCAGGAAACCCAAGACUAUUGACGCAAGAGUUAAAGAGGCGUCCUGGUGCACAGAGAGGAGGUUUAGCCUGGGAACCAGCGUUGUGGAGUUGGAAGACCUCAAGCCUUUCCCUGUCGCUGGCUACCUUGCCUCGUCUAGGGUGCUCCUGUCAUUAGCCUCCAUUCAUGAGAGAGAAUCCGUGGUCACUCCCAGCAGAACCCUCACUAGUGAGCUCCCCCCGCUGAGAUGACACUCAGAGGCUCAGAGGAGGCCACCUGUGCUGGGGUUCCCACGGCAUCUGCAAGACUUGCCAGGUCAUCUCAGGAACAAUUCAGGUCUCGCUAGGUGAAAACUAGUAAUUCCAAGUUACGUGAGAGUCACCGUCAUCUGGAACAAGUCGGUCUGUGGCACACUUCACAUCACCAGACAGGUUAAAGAGUGCGUUGGCAACUUUGCUGCAAUUAAGCAGGGUGUGGCCAUCAACUUGCACGAAGAAUUCUCAACAGUCUGGUACUUGUUCUAGAGAAGUGUAGAAGGUGAUGUUUACAUAAUUUAGCACCUCAAAGUAUAAUUGAAAUAGUAAGGUAGUUUUGAAUGGCAUUUCAUUAAGGCAUCUCUGGGCAUUUUGAGCUAAAAGCUGUGGUAUGUUAGCUUUAUAAGAGCAUUUAUGUUGAAAUAAUUUUAAAAUAAUGUUUACAUAACCGCAAGUCCUGUUGGGUUGGUGGUGAACACAGGGCGGCACAGGAGAGUGUUUCUGUUAGAGAUGGUGUAGCUCCCAAGCACCAGAAUUCCUUUGUGAUGGACCAUCACCUUAAACAAAGUGUUUGUGAGAGUUGAAGGUUUUCCUUUUGUAAGAAGAUCACAGUAUACUAACCAGAGAAUGACAGCCAACGGAAAUGACUGCUGGGAGCAAAAGCUAGAAUGGUACAAAGAAAGGAAGAGAAAUGCAUGGGAGUAUUUGUUUUUAAAAAAUGCAAGUGUUAUUAUUGAUAAUAAUAUAUGUCUGUGUAUAUGUAUCUAUGUAUGUAUAUAAGGAUCAGCUAUCAAAGCCUUAAUCAGGGCAGUGUGACAGUGCCAACUCACUGACUGUGGUUUAUCAUCAGACUCCGGUGCUGGCCCCACACAUUACCCCUCCCCCUUAAAAACUGAGAUUUCUUCCAGCUUCUCUUGGCCCUGAACUGAGGCUUGGCCUCCAUCCUCAUGGCCUGAUUGCUGGCAUACCCACCCAGGGAGAGCUUUAUAUGGCAAAAGACACAGCUUGUCCCAUUGUUCUUGUAAAUCCCAUUUCUCUGGUGCGCUUGUGUGUGUGUGUGUGUGUGUGUGUGUGUGUGUGUGUGUGUGUGUGUGUAGGUUUUAUUUUUGUCUUAUUUUGUCUGUCAAGGGUGGGACAGGAAUCAUGAUACAUAAGGUAUCUGUCACCAACCUCACUCCACAGAGAUAAAAAUUCUGUGUUUUAACCUUUAGAAAUCUAAAUAAGAUUGACAAAUUCCAAUGAAAAUAGGAGGCAGGGAGAGAUAGGGUUGUCACCCUGGUGACACACUGAUAAUUCUCUUAGUGUGAAUCUUUUCAGAAGCACACAGCUUCAGCAGCAGCCAGCUUACAACAAUGAGGCUCUUAUGGGCACCCUUAUUUAGGCCUGUGACACAUUCCCAGAAGACAGCCUCUGAUUCAACAAGGGCUGCUGGGGGCCCCUUCUCUGGAAGCUGACACCACAGGAAUUCACACAUGACACAGUCCUGCAGAGAACCACAGGCUGGCUUCCAAGAACAGUCCACUCCGCAGAAAGACACAGGUGCCCCCACUUUGGCCCUCCCAAUUGCUCAGGGGCCUUUCUGCAACUGUCCCUGGGUGUGUAUGGAUAAAGGGGCUCGAGGAUAGUCCUUUGGUUGACCUUCCCUUUUAUCUGGGACCAAGCCUGUGGGUUCUUGGGCUCUAAGACCCAAGAACUGCAUCUGGGGCAAAUGAUCUAAGGAAAUAUUUGGAAUUUGGGUCUCCAAGCUCAAAUUCUAGAGUACUCUGAAUUAGAAGCUAGAACCUGUGCCCCAGGGUGGAAACUCCAACCCACUGAGAUGAGGCUGUGGAUGGAUUCAGUUUUCCCUAAAGUUCCUCUCUGUGUUCCCUCUAUGCAGUCAUGAUAUUCAUAAACUGCUCAGCCUGUUGACAUAAUUCUCUAAGCACAGAACAUGCCAUCAGUGUGGCCCCUUUGCUGCUUUUUAGAGUUCUUGGUAUUGUUCAUGGAGUUUGGGAGGAGAUGGUCCCUUAGCAGCCAUAGAUGUUUUUAAAGUUUGUUUUGCAGAUUGUGAUCAAACUUUUGAUCAGAAACCCCCCAAAUCUAAAAAGGUUCUUUUUUUUAAAGACAAGUGUUAUCUAUACAUAUAAGGGUAUUUUUUAAAAGUAACUGUACAUUUCAUGUAAAAUGUCAGGUGGCAAGAACAUGGGGAGAUGGUAGUCCUUGUCUAAAAAUGAUGUUUCAUUAAAGAAUGUGGAUUUGC